AGCACGCCGGGCCCAAUCUUGAACAAAAGUUCCUUCCCCCUUCAAUUCCCUUUUCAGGGAACGCCACCGUGCAUCGCCCAGCUCCAUAUCUCCGGCAUGUGAUGUGCGCUGCUCUCGAUCGCCCAGGGGCUUGAACGUCACCAUGGGUGCAUAUCCAGCUAGGUAAAAUAGGCAGUAGGGUACUUAGGUACUUAGGUACCGGCUGCAUCCUGCGCGCAUCGAUGAAGCCGGCAAUGCAAGAUCGUCUUCCCCCCGGCUCGAAACCCAAUCUUUCCGACGCCGCUGCGGGGUGUGUGUCUGUGUGUGUGUUUGCUUUACUGGGAGCCCAUCAAGCGAUCGAUAAAUAGGUUCUCCAUCCCCGCGGCUAUUCUUUCCGCACGCACGUACUGCACGUCCGUCAUGUCGAAGUCCCAGGGUCCAGUAGUGGCUGGCGUGGCUGUCGCUUUCGCGGCCCUGACCUUCGUGGUCAUCUGUCUGCGGCUGUUUGCGCGGGUCUAUGUGUUGAAGAGGAUGGGGCUGGAUGAUUUUCUCAUCAUCGGUGCAUGCUUUCUCUCGUGGGCAUUUACAACCGUCACGGUCGUCGCCGUCCACCAUGGAAUGGGCAAGCAUCUAGUAGAUGUGGACGAGAACGGCCUCAUGACCUACUCCUUCGCCGUCUGGCUCAGCUCCAUGUUCUACCUUGCCUGUCUCGGCUUCGUCAAAACCUCGGUGUGCUGGUUCUACACCCGACUCGGCGACAAGCAUCUCACGCGCGCAGCAAUCGUGAUGAUGUGCGUGGUGGGCGCACAAGCAACAUCCUUCGUCCUGACCGCGGCCUUCCAAUGCCAGCCCAUCGCCAAAGCCUGGGACACCAGCAUCCCCGGGAAAUGCGUGACCAUCAACGUCUUCUACCUCUGCAACGCGGCCCUGAACAUCCUCACCGACCUGGUGACCUAUUCGCUCCCGAUCCGGGUCAUCCUGAGACUCCACAUGCCGCUGAAGCAGAAACUGGCACUGGGAGGAAUCCUCUGUCUGGGAUUAUUCGCCUGCAUCUCCUCGAUCAUCCGAAUCACUUACAUCCCCAGCAUGCUCACGUCGGCGGACUACACGUACGCCAUCAGCGGGGCAAUGUACUGGUCCGCGAUCGAGAUCAACGUCGGCAUCCUCGCGUCUUCCAUCCCGUCCUUCAAAGCCAUCGCAUCGCGGUUCCUCCCACGGCUCAUCGGCGAAUACAGCGCCGACAAGGGCUACAACUGGUCCAGCAGCAACAACAACAACAACAACAACAGCAACAAUCAAAACAAGCGCUACGGGUCCGGCUUCUCCAAGGUCCGGGAACAUACCUUCGGCAUGAGUAUCCUGAAUACGCGCGGCGAGGAGGAGACAGUCACGGAUACGCAUAUCGGGCGGAAUACAAGCGAGGAGAGGAUCAUUAUCCCCGAGGGAAAGAUCUUCGCUCAUACAGAGAUUGAGACGAAUGUGGAGGUUAGUCCCGAUUAUGUCGUUGAGACGGUGCCAUCGUUUGAGAGGGAGAGGUCGAGGUGAGGACGAGGAUGGAUGCGUUCGUUAGUAAACGUGGACUUGAAUGGGGUGGCUGGGGUGGAGGGGGGGGUGUUGUGUA